GGGGGUUGUACCGAUUGAUCAAAAGAAUAAAAAUUAAAAAUGUUGGGAGAUUUCUUAGUUCGAUUUCUUCUGAUGAUAUUUGGGUAUUGUUAUCCAGCUUUUCAAUGCUACAAGGUGGUGGUGAAAUCCCCAAUUCAGGUUCAAGAGCUUCUAUAUUGGUGCCAAUUUUGGAUUAUUGUGGCAAUUUUAACAGUUGUUGAGAGGAUUGCUGAUGUUUUUGUGGGAUGGUUCCCCAUGUAUGGAGAAUUGAAGUUGGCUCUCUUUAUCUAUUUGUGGUAUCCAAAGACUAUGGGAUCAGGGUAUGUAUUCGACCAGUUGUUGAGGCCCUUGGUUGAUAGUAACGACAAAGAUAUCGAAAAGAUGUUGUUAGAUUUGAGAGUAAAAGCUUGGGAUUUGGCUAUUUUCUACUGGAACAAUUGUACUGAGUUGAGCCAAUCUGCAUUUGUCAGAGUUGUUAACUACAUCGCUGCUCAAAGUAACAACCUUGGUUCUACAUCUUCACCUCCAUCUAAGAAGGAAAUGUGAACCUUUUUUUUAUCACAUCAAUUAUGGGGUUGGUGGGGGAAGCCUAUGUUCGUCGUCAUUGAGCUUAACCUACCAAAUCUUUGACAAUGAAAGUAAUCUCUAUUCUUAUUUUUAAUACAAAUUAAGAAGGUAGGAAUUUGAAUUUGAAACCUCUUAGUUUUUAAAA